AUGGAAGCCAACUUUUACAGUAAUUCAUUCUGUUUUCAAUAUCCUUGUGAAUAUGGUGAAGAGUGUUCUGGUUACUUUUCAGAGACAGAUAAUGAAUUCUCGUAUGAAGAUACAGAGAUAUUUAAACCAGAAGAACUAAUUAAUGAUGAGAAUUUAAUCCAAUAUGAUGAUAAUGACAAUGACAAUAAAAAAUUAAUAUUAAAUACAGAAAAUGAGUUUAAUACAUGGGAUCUAGCUGAAAAAUACUUUGAUGACUAUACAAAACAAGAAGGCUUUACUAUAAGUAAAAGAAAACAUAUAGUAGAUCCAAAGGAUAAUACUAUUAUAAGAUGUCGAACAUAUGAAUGUUCUUAUACUGGUACAUACGAACCUCAGAAGACAAUUCUAGAAGAGGACAGAAGGGAAUGA